CAGCCAUGCGCUAGGUCUGUCAAAAGAAGAUGUCAAAUGGUUACUCAGGAAACAUAAUUUAUUUAUUACUGAUUAUCGUUGAAUUUCUGCUCGAAGUAAUAUUCGGUGUAAGUAACACGUUAUUCGUGGUCUUAGAGCUAAUACUAAGAAGCUUGUUUAAUGUGAACAUGACGGAAACGGCGAAAAAAAGCAAACGUGCCAACGACCCGAGCAAUAACCAAACUAUUGCAAACCGUGGCCUUAUCAGCGCAAACUGGCAGAAAUUUCUAUCAAGUAACCUAAUUUCGGACAAGAAAAUUGAAAAACCUUUACAAGAAAACUCAAAGGAUCACUUCACGGGAACUUUCAGGCGCGCACGUAAGAAGAAAGCAAAAACCCAGGUCCUUGUACGAAACGAGCUAAAAACGCUUGAUAUCACUAAAGAAACUAAAGUUAAAGCUAGCAACAAUGAUAAUAUAGCUGAUGUCGAACUUACAGUUCCUAAAAAACAGGAUAAUAAUAGUAAAAACAAAUUAACUAAAUUCAUAGCUAUAGAUUGUGAAAUGGUGGGUAUAGGAUACGAUGGAAACGACCACAUGCUAGCCAGAGUAUCUUUAGUGAACAAAUUUGGUGACUGUAUAUAUGAUAAGUAUGUUAAACCGAGAGAAGAGAUCAUUGAUUACCGAACAAGUGUGUCCGGAAUCAGAAAAGAGGACUUAAUUAACGGUGAAGAUUUUGCUAAGGUGCAGAAAGAUAUAGCAGAAAUGAUUCGGGGCAAGAUUCUAGUCGGGCACUCCUUAAAGCAUGAUCUGAGUGUAUUAUUCCUCUCGCACCCUAAAAGGAGUAUCAGAGACACAUCUAGGUACAAACCAUUUAGAAAGAUAACCAAAGGCAGCACACCAUCUCUAAAACGUCUAGCAAAAGACAUCCUCGGCAUAGAGAUCCAGCACGGAGAGCACAGCUCCGUCGAAGACGCCCGGGCGGCCAUGCAGCUCUACUGCACAGUUGCUAAAGAGUGGGAGAGAAUGAACAGCGAGAAGAGAGGUUAUAGGAAAGAGGCUUAACAUUACGAUUGGCUUUUGUUUUAGUAAAUCUUUUUUUCAGACAACUUUGUGCAUAGAAACAAAAAGGAAUGAAAUAGCAUGGCUUAACCUUGUGAGCCUAAAUGUACAUAUUGUUGCAAUGUAAUUUUAUUUUUCAUGAAACAAAUAAAGUAGUAUUUCUAUUGUUUCAUUGCGUUGUAAAACAAACGAAAUUCAUUCCGAUUUACUUAUAGAACAACAACAAGGUUUAAAUUAAAAAUUGGAAAACAUUCUAUGGUGGGUCUUAGGAGGUUAAGCCAUUUUUGUUUUUGCCUGCAAUAACAUGUUACUUAACAAAAUGCGCAAAAAUGUGUGAUGGUUUUUUUUUUGCUAAAAACAAGAUCGUCUCAGAUAUUUGUGGUUUUGUUGUGUAUCAUAUUGUCACAGACUGUACCAAUUAUAAUCAAAAACAUUUUUCUUUAUAGUGUUAAUUUUUAAGGCAUAAAUGAUAUAUUUAGAAAAAAAAGAGCUAUUUUUGUGGAAAAAACAUUGCAUUGUAUAAUUCCAACCGGUUAGGAAAAAAUUAAACCAAUAUGUAGAUGCAGCUUUCCUUAUUUGUGAGCACCUCUGCCGCUCCGAUAUAUCUGAUGGCGACUGUACAUUACUAUAGUUAGGUAGUUUUACCACAGAAUAAAUAACAGUACUACCGUGCAGUAAGGAAACUUCCUACAAAACCGAAGUUUGACGUUACGAAGUUAGUCGAAUUAUGCUGUCCCUUUCUAAUAUAUGGCACUAUCCCUUUCGGCAAAUUAGGGUUGUUAAAAUGCAAGUCAUUAUCUUAUCUGUGGUCGUGCUGGUCGUGCACGCAAAGAGACGUCAAGUUGUGACAACCCUAAUAAUUGCUCGGAGCAAUGCUGAGCCGAACGCAGCCGAGUUUGCCCGAAGCGAGCAGUUUCGCACCCCAGGUUUUACGCAAACUGUAUUAUUUUUAUAAUUUAUUACCUCUUCUACUGUUGAUAACUAUUUGCUAUUAUUAAAGCUGCUCAAACAUAAUUACGAUCCAAAUAGACUUAAUAGUGUAAAUUAUAGUUUUGAUGUGGAAUAAAUCGAAUUUCUUUAUUAUGUA